UCUUUCCUUUUUGUUUCUUUCUCUCUCUCUCCGUGUGAUUGAUUGGAGGAGUCUACAGGCUGGCACCCCCAUCGUGUCUCCGGCCGCUCACACUCCGCAUUGAUUGGUCCGCCUCCUGCAGCCGCAGCCAGCAGAAGCGCCUCCUCUCAUAAACCUCGUCAGACCGCACUGACGUUUCCCAUUACUUCCAGGAGAAGCAGCGGCUCACUAUUAGGAACUUUGCGUGCGAUCUAUGGCACACAACUAGCAGGGUAGACUACUCCCUGACGAUUUUUAUUAACCCCUACGGUGUAUGGAAAGUGCUCCUGGAUGGACCUGGGCGAACACAGCUGGUCCAUGGUCAAGCGAGAAGUUUCCAGCAGCCCAGGGUCACCGGCUGAGCAGACCUACCUGCCCGGUGACAGCAGGAGGGACGGUCCCACCUCGGAUGAGUUGAGGACACCUCCGAUCGACCUUGACGCACUGGGGCACCGCCGCUCGGACGGCAGAUCGCUACACUCCUACGUUCACUUCGGACACCAUAACAACACCCUGACCGCCGCCGAGGACAUCCCGCUCUUUACGGAUUUAGACCAGGGCAGCAAACUGGUCCUCUCGAGCGGAGCGCACAAGGCGAGCUUGCUGGUGGACCCGACCGACAUGUAUCAAACACUGGCCAUCGCUGCUGCCCAGAGCCAGACUGGAUAUGAUACCUCCUCUGGUGGUUAUAUGCACUCCAACCCCAACUCCCCUGUGUACGUCCCCAGCUCCAGAGUGGGCUCCAUGAUCCCCAGCCUCUCUUACCUGCAGGCCAGCGGCACUGCGCAGCCCAGCCACGGCGUCUCCAGCCACUCGGUGUGGUCGCAGUCAGCCCCGGAGAGCCCUUCGUAUAGCACCGGGAGCCCGCACACCUCCAGUCGGUUCCACUACCCUCCAAGCCCACCCAUGAACAACGGGACGCCCCGGGACACCGGCUACAGUAACACGCUGAAUGUGAGCGGCAGAGACCAGUACGGCCUCUCUCGGCCCCUCAGCGGGACCUACGCGAGUCCGUACUCCCCGUAUGUUGCACCGCAGCUGUCCCAGCUGCCCUCGCCUUGGAACGGGGGACCUUUUGAUAACACCAUGCUGCACACCUUGCAGAGCAGAGGCGCGCCCUUGAUUCGAGGACCAAACGGAGUUUCAGAUAUUCUGGACGACAUGGGGGAGAACAGGGAGUGUGUGAACUGCGGCUCCAUCUCCACGCCGCUGUGGAGGCGCGACGGCACGGGCCACUUUCUCUGCAACGCCUGCGGCCUUUACAGCAAAAUGAAUGGGCUGAGCCGGCCAUUAAUUAAACCACAGAAACGGACGUCAACGUCCAGGAGAAUCGGCCUGUCCUGCGCCAACUGUCAGACCAGCACGACCACUUUGUGGCGCAGGAACGCGGAGGGAGAGCCGGUCUGUAACGCGUGUGGGCUCUACACAAAAUUACACGGGGUACCUCGGCCGCUCGCCAUGAAGAAAGAAGGAAUCCAGACAAGAAAAAGAAAACCAAAAACUUUGAAUAAAACAAAGGGAUCCUCUGGAAAUAACAACACCGUCUCUAUGACUCCCACAUCCACAUCUUCAUCUAAUUCUGAAGACUGCUCGAAAACCAGCUCUCCUUCCGGACAGGUGUCCGGGGUCAGUUCGUCUGUUCUGUCCAGCUCAGGGGAGGGAUCCGGCUCCGGCUCGGCAGUGAAGUACCCGGGACAGGACAGCCUGUACACCAGCGUGGGUCUGACCCAGCCAUCAGAUGUAGUUUCAGUGCGGGGUGAACCCUGGUGCCCCAUGGCCUUAGCCUGAACAUCUAAAUCUUUGGGAGGACAGCUAAUCCCUGGCCCCUCUGCCUGGAUGCUAUGUAGUGUGGAAGUAUUCAAGGGGCCAUGUUUGUUUCCUUCCUCGCAGCCGAUGCAAGAAGAGUCGGACAGGGUGAGCUGACCUUCAGUCACACUGCAAGCUUGAACCGAGCGUGGAAUAGCUGGGAUUGGUUUCCAGAUUGGUGUGGGGGAUCUUGUUGCCUUAAAAAAACAAAAGGGAAUCUCCAGGCCAGAUGAUCAAUCAGGUGGCCUGCUGCGUGCGGAUGGUGUCUGGAUCCGCCAUGCACUCGAUAUCUCUCCCAUCCACCGUGGCACAGAACCAGAUUCUUAAAAUAAAGCCAUCAUGUACAUAACGGAUUUCCUCUCUGAAGAAAAAAAGCUGUUGAUCGGAAACCACUGCUUCAUAAAGCGCUAUAUUCGUUAAGAACAUUUAGAUUUUUGUUUUUUCUUUCCACAACUGGAAUCAUGCCACAAGUGCCAAGACAACUUUUAUGAAUCAAAAGAGAAAAAAAAUAUUUAUAAAUCUUCCAUUGUUGAAAACAUGGCUAUGAUUGUUAAUAAAGAUAUCAAUAUAGAGUAGAAGUUAAACCAUUCUGAUGUCUUUUUUUCUAUUUUUUUUUCUUUAUAAGUGGUUGUUUGUAGUAUACAGUAGUGUUGAAUCUGCACAUGUUUUCCACUGAAAGCUCUUACUGUAUUUGACUGAAACUAGUUUGGUUUAAACAGGGUAUAAAUGUCAUAAAGUGGUUUUUGUUUUUUAAUUAUUUACUGAAAAAAAAUGCAAAUAAUCAAUUAUUUUAACUAAUUUUUGAUACAGAAAUGUUUUCAGCUGUUGGGUAGCAUUAAGGUACUAUUCUAACUACUAACUAACUAAAACUGUUUUCACAUGUGAAGCAGUUGGAUGGCUUGUUUGAACAAAGCACACCCAGAAUAGCUGUGAGCCUACUGACCUUUAUGUUACAUGACAUAAACUGCAAAAGAAAACUGUUGGCUGCACUACCUGACUCACUAUAAACUGUGUACCUUUCACAAUGCAAGCAUGUACAAUUGCAUCAUUUUAUACCAAAAUUAGACCAGCGUGGAGAGUGAGGUCACCUCUGAACAAAUUCAUGUUACUUUGAUGACUUUGACUAAUCCCUGUGAGGAUUAAAGGGAGCGUAAUUACCCGAUAGUUUUGCCAUAAUGAGGUGUUGAAGUGGAAAAAAGGGAAUAAAAGAAGCAAGAAAGUUAUAUUACAAUGUAAAAAAUGCUAGAAGGUAUGUUUCAUUCACGACACUGUUUGUCUCCAGCAGUGGUGUAGGUGGAGUAAAAAAAAAAAAAAAAGUAAUUUCAGGCCACAACUCAAUCACGAAGGGAUUUAAACUUAAGCAGUCUGAUGAGUUACACGUGAAACCUGGUGAAAAAGGGUUAUUUUAUUUGAUUUUCUCACAACCUGCUUCAUCUAAAGAGAACAUGUCAUUCAUUCAUUCAUUCAUUCAUGCUUCUGGGCAUAGUUUUUUUUUUUCAAAAUAUCAUGUUUAUUUUAGCAUCUUUUUUUGCUGUUGUUUCAUUGUUUUAUAUGAAAUAUAUAUAUAUAUAUAUAUAUAUAUAUAUAUAUAUACAUACAAUAUACUAUAUAUAUAUAUAUAUAUAUAUGAAAUUAUUUUAUUUAAAAUGCAGUCCAAUAAAUUGUUCUGGUGAUGCAAAUGAAAUAACAGUUACCCUGUAUUUUUAAAAGAAAACUAAUCAGUACUUUUGAAGCUGUGGAAAUAACCCUGUCCCUGCAUAAUAUUAAUAUUAGGCAUACUUUUGUGUGAGGCAAUCAUAGCCAUUUUACUCCCCUUUUCUCCCUGGUGGAAUAAAAAACUGGCUUUACUUUCUGA